AUGAAAUUUCAAUCCAUUGUUCUUCUCAUUGUUGUUAUGUGGGCUUCAACAGCCAUGAAUCAAGCUAUACAACCAGAAAGUGGAAGUUCCGUUGAUGUCAAUGAUCUGCAUGUGAUUGAUAUCGCCAAUUUCGCUGUCACCGAGUACAGCAAAGGUACUAUUACUAGAUAUGUCUCAAAGUUGAAGCUUGAUAAGGUCAUUAAGGGUGAAUCCCAAGAAUUGGCCGGAGAAAUUAACUACCACCUCAUCGUUUCCGCCUCUCGACGUUAUCAACGUAUUCACAAUUAUGAAGCAGUUGUGUUAGAGAAGCCAUCCAAACACUUCAAGAACCUCACUUCUUUUAAACUUGUUUAUGCUUAA